GCAAGACGGUUUACAUCGAAUUGUGGCAACCCAAGGAACUCUUCACCAUUCGACAACAACAAACGCCGACGCAAACGCGCGGUGCAAUUACGUUGAUCGGCGAGUUGGAUUUCGAGAUGCAAUCGAUGUACACUCUCACCAUUUACGCAACGGAUCCCUACACAGAACCCGGGAAGGACACCCGAAACAUCGCGGGGCUGAACAUCGUCGUUGUGGUUAAAGAUGUGCAGGAUGUGCCGCCGAUUUUUACCUUGGCGCCUCCUUUAACCCGCCUUAACAAUUCUAUGCAAACUGGCGACAUAAUACUACGAGUUCACGCGGAAGAUGGAGAUAAGGGAGUGCCGCGUGAAAUCACGUACGGUCUGGUGUCCGAGGGCAACCCCUUCAUACCAUUCUUCAACAUCUCGGAAACGACCGGCGAGAUCGUUCUUGCUCGACCUUUGGAGGAGCUCACACAAAUCACCCACGUCGGCGCACCGGUCGUGCUCAGCGUGGUCGCCGAAGAAAUACGAAGAUCGAGAGACGAGCCGCCGGCUCAGGCGACGGUCGUCGAAGUCGGUUUCCUCCUCGGCGAACCUGGCAACAGCCCGCCGUAUUUUGAGAACGAUAAGUUGGUACCUAAUGAUUUCAAUAUAACGAGCGCGUAAGAGUCUCGGGUCAACGUCCUCGCGCGGAUACUUGACCUCGUUUCUGUAGAUGGACGACGCGGCGACUUACGGUAUUUUUCCAGCCUGUUUGCCCUUUGCGAGCCCUUUACCGCUUAUCGUCCCGUUAAUCGAGUUCAAGUCAAAACGUAGAACGUAGAAAUUCACGUCGUUUCUCGCGAGGUACAGAUGACAAAUAUUUUUAUCGUCACACAUAGUUAUGAUAUCCACUUGAAUCUUUCCU